AUGAAUUCAGGGUAUAAACCUCGGUCGGCCAAGAAAAAGAUAGCAGAAAAAAUAAGCUUUUUUAUUACCAAAUGUAGAAAUAUUAUAAAAAGAAAUAAAUCUAAACCAGUUAAUGAUAUAGUUGAGACAUUACCAGAACUAGCAUCACCAUCACUAUCUUCACUAUCUUCUUCGUCGUCGUCAUCAUUAUCAUCACCAUCAUCACCAUCAUCACCAUCAUCACCAUCAAUUUUAUGGUCAUCAUCAAUAUUAAGUAAUAAUCCAGAACCAGCACAAUAUUCGCCAUCAUAUCCAUUAUAUCAAUAUCCACAAUAUUCACAAUAUUCACCACUACUACAGCCAUCAUCACAAUUAUUAUCAACACUAUCACUUCCUUGUAUAUUAUCAACGAGCUGGCAGGUUGACCGUAAUGAUCGUCAUAGAAGUUAUCAGACUUAUCAAGAAAUGAAACCUUGGGAUGAGCGAGAGAUGAAUGAUGAAUUAUAUCUACAAUCACUAAAACUUUCAUUAGGGUGGUGUAUGGAAUGUCGAAAGUUAUUUACUGGAAAGAAAUGGUGUCGUUCUUGUAAUGCUGCUCAUUUUCAUGAACAAACUUCGGAAUGGACAAGUUGGAGACCUGGUCUAGAUAAUUUAAUCAUCAAAACACAAAUUACUGCAAAUAAUGUUCAUAGCUUUUUUGAAUGGAUUCCUUUUGUAAAUUUUGAUCAUAUUACAUAUUUAGCAAAAGGUGGAUAUAGUAUUGUUUAUAAAGCUAUAUGGAAACAAGGUCCAAUUAUUUAUUGGGAUACAAAUAUUAAUAACUGGGAACGUUUUGGUAGUCAUGAAGUAGUAUUGAAAGUAAUAAAAGGAUCUCAAAAAAAUUUAAGCGAAUUUAUUAAUGAGCUUUCAGCUCAUCACAAAUUUAAUACAAUGAUUGGACAUGUACUUCGUUGUUUUGGAAUUUCACGUUGGAAGGAUACAGGCGACUUUAUUGUUGUAACAUCGUAUGCUAAAGAUGGGAAUUUACGACAAUACAUUCGUAAAAAUUUUUUAAAUUUUUCAUGGAUUGAACGUUUAAUUACACUUAAAGACAUUGCUGAGGGUCUGGAAAUUAUUCAUAACUCUGGGUACGUUCAUCGUGAUUUACAUACAGGUAAUAUUUUAAGACAUGGAAGUUGGACAAUGAUAAGCGAUCUUGGGCUUACAUGGCAUCAAGAUUCUGUAUCAACAGGUGAACUAUUUGGUGUAUUACCUUAUAUAGCUCCAGAAAUUCUAUCUGGAAGUCAGUAUUCUUCGGCGUCUGAUAUAUAUAGUUUUGCAAUGAUUAUGUAUGAAGUUGCAAGUGGAAAAAUCCCAUUUUACCACGAGGAUAUCAGCCCUAUUAAUAUUAUUAAAGGAUCUCGACCUGAACUUCCUUCUGCUACUCCUUUUAUUUAUACCGAACUUAUGAAAUCUUGUUGGGAUUCUGACCCGAAGGAAAGGCCAACUGCUGGAUAUCUUGUUAACUUAUUUGAUGAUUGGAUUCAUAGUAAAGGGAAGCAAUUAAUCGUAACUUAUAAUUCCUUUCAAAAUGCUGAAAUUGAGCGAAAGUAUUCAAAUAUUGACAUUGAAGAAAGUUAUACUUCUACUAUCGAUCAAAUUAGUCAAUUAAUUUCUAUUAAAUGGUCAACAGAAACUUCAAUUAGGUUUACAUGUCGUAAUAAGGUUAAUGAAGCUGAAAAAUUGCAACCUUUUGUCUUAAAAAUUGUUAUUUUUGUCGUAACUGUAAAUAUGGUGAUGAUUUUUCAAUCAGUUGUGAUAGGCGUAACGUUUGUAAUUAUUGUAAAUAAUGAAAAUAGCUGUAAUUUAAUUAAUUAA